UCGUUACCGAGUAGAUAUGCCAUGUGUACAAAUAACUUCCACGUAUCUCCAACUUUCCCGGUGGGAUAAGUUGAAGUAGGUGAAAGAACGACGGAGACGUUUCAAGAUUUCAUAUUUCGUCGAUAACUUGUGCUUGUUUCAUGUAUAUUGCAGAUAUUUAAAUUAUUUUGUAGAACAGUUGGGAUACAGUUGUAGUGAUUAAAAAUGUUUAAUAUGAAAUUUUUAUUCCUCUUUGGCUUGGUUGUCUUACCAGCGGUUAUUUUCACAUUUGAUAAUGGAAAUAAAAUUAUGACCUAUGCUGAGGAGGACUUGACUGAAGAUGAAGCAGAUGUUGAAGGAGAAGUCGAUAUUGAAGAAGUAGCUGGAACAGAUGAAGAGGACGAAGAAGAGCCAACAACUGCAUCCCCUGAUGCAGAAACCAGUUUACUCUUUGUAAAACCAAACAGUGUUCCAGGAUCACAACUAGAACUACCAGCUGGUGUUCCUGUUGAAUUUCUUGUUGGAUUCCGUAACAAGGGAGAGCAGGAUUUCGUUAUAGAAAGCUUGAGAGCUUCAUUCCGCUAUCCAAUGGACUUCAACUUCUACAUUCAGAAUUUCUCAGCAAUUGGAUAUAACAAGGAGAUAGCUUCGUUACAAGAAGCAACUUUUGCGUAUAGUUUCAUUCCUGCUGAAACUUUUGCUGGAAGACCUUUUGGAUUGAAUAUAAAUUUGGCUUAUAGAGAUGGUGCUGGCAAUUCUUUCCAAGAAGCAAUCUUCAAUGAAACUGUUCAAAUCAUUGAAUUGGAAGAAGGAUUGGAUGGUGAAACUUUCUUCCUUUAUGUCUUCCUGGCUGCAGGUGUUAUCUUACUAUUAGUUAUAGGUCAACAAACUUUGUUAUCAGUCGGUAAAAAACGCACAAGCCGAAAAUCUGCACCUGUAGAAACAGGAACGAGCAAUCCAAAUAAUGUUGAUUAUGACUGGUUGCCACAGCAAACCUUAGUUAAUUUGAAUAAAGAAAAACAACAAAAAUCGCCAAAGCAGCAGAAAUCACCUAAACAACCAAAAUCUCCUAAACAGCAAGUGCAAACUCCCAGACAGCGAAAAGUAAAGAGAUCAACUGGUUCAGAGUAAAGAAGAACAAAAUUCUUUUGUGAAUUGAUACUGAGAUUUAUGGAACAAAUUGAAAAGUUUGCAGGUGUUGUGAUUAGUGUCGGAUUUUUGAGACAUAUAUUUGGACUGUAAUCUGUAAAUACAGUUGGUUUUCUAUUUAUUAUUUUUCAAUUUGUUCAUUAAUAAAGUGAACAUUUUUUUUCUAA